AUGAAGCCGGGUGAGGAACAGGUGUGGCCAUUGGACUGCUUUUUUGGCCGCUCUUCCCCUCGGUCUGGUCCAGGAGUCUCGACAACACCAGCCCGAAAUGCCUACAACCUGCAUCUACAACAUGAUGAUUCCCUUUCCCAACCUAACCCCAACGCCGAUGGCAAAUUUGUUGCCUAUGUACACCCACCUAUCCAAGGCCCUGACGAGAACACUGUGCACUAA